AGUUGGAGCUCUGGGGAGGGGCCCAUUGCCGAGAGACGCCCGAGGGGGGCAAAAGCUGCUGGAGGCCGGGAAUGUGGCCCCCUUUGCCUCGGCCAGGGCAGGGCAUGUCGGUCCCAUGGGUGCUGCUCCUGCUCCUUCUCCUCCUUGGCCCAGGUGGGUAAAAAGUGGGGGGGGGGAAUUCAAGGGGGAGACCUUCCCCUCCCCUGUCUCUCCCUCUGUGGGUCCCAGCUGAGGAGCUCCAGAAGUCCAUACAUGCUCAGGUCCCCAAAUCCGGUUUGUUUGUUUAUUUGUCUCCUGCCCUAUGUACUGCAUUUAUAUAUGCCACCUUUUCCUCCCCAAGGAGCUCAACAUUUACUGUAUUUUUCGCUCUAUAAGACGCACCAGACCACAAGACGCACCUAGUUUUUGGAGGAGGAAAACAAGAAAAAAAAUAUUCUGAAUCCCAGAAGCGAAAGCAGCGAUCCCUCUUGCUGUUCUGGUUUCUGGGACUGCAUUCGCUCUAUAAGACGCACACACAUUUCCUCUUACUUUUUAGGAGGGAAAAAGUGAGUCUUAUAGAGCAAAAAAUACGGUAAUCCCCACAUCAACCCUGUGAGGUAGGCUAGGCAGAUAGGCCUAAAUAGGAUCCCCCUUAAUAAAUGGAUAAACAAUCUGCUGAUACUUGCAGCUUAUAUCUUUAAUGUCUGGCAUUUUAUUAUUUUUUAUAUUUUGCUGGAAGCCGCCCAGAGUGGCUGGGAAACAAAGCCAGAUGGGUGGGGUAUAAACAACAAAACAACAACAACAACAACAAUAAUUAGACUGCUUACAGGGGUAGACUUUGUUUGGAUAAAUGUGACAAUAUUUGGAAUGAGUUUAUACAAAAUGUAGUAGGCUAUUAAUAUUUACAUUAAGGUUACCAGACGUCCCCAUUUCCCAGGACAGUCCCCGGAUUUAUAAAUCAGUCCCCAUACAAAAUCCAUUGAAGUUGAAAAGUGUCCCUGGAUUAAUUGCAAAAAAUCUGGUAACCUUAAUUUACAUGUGUAUUAGGAUAAUAUCAAAUUUAUAAAAGAAUGUAUGGAUUAGGGUAUUUUUCAUAUAUAUUCAUAUAUAUAUAUAUAUAUAUAUAUAUAUAUAUAUAUAUAUCUUUUAUCUUUCUUCUCUUCUCUUUGUAUCACUUUAUUUCUUUAAAAUUGAACCAUUUUCAAUAAAAUAUUAAUACACCCCCCCCCAAAAAGGCUAGGUUGAGAGGCAGUGGCUGGCCCCCAAAGACACACCCAGAGAGCUUCAUGACGGCCAAGUGGGAAGAUUUGAACCCAGGUCUCCCGGGUCCUAGCCCAACACUUCUAACCGCCACACCACUGCUAGCUUGUGUUGGCUCUGGAGCAGAUAAAAUAACAAACCCAAGAGUGUCUCUGAGCACCUACAGAGCGUUAUAUAAUUAAGAAAUAGGAAUGAACUGGUCCAGAGCUCCCGGCCAAUCGGGAAAGGCGUUCUGAGCAAUUUUCAGCAUCAUCUGCCCUGCCUCUCUGGCUCCGAAGGCAGUGUGCUUAUGACAAGUCUCUGAGAACACUUUUCGCCCUUUGAAAAACUGCUUUUCUUCCCAGGACUUAUGGAAGCCUCUAAAUACCUUUACUCCGAAGUGGUGAUCCCACAAACGCUCGAUCCGAAAUCUGGCUUCUCCACUAAGGUAAUUUUGCUGACACGCCACCUGCCUGAACUCAUCGAUCAAUAGCUUACCUGACCUCGUAAUACCCCAGGGGUGACUGACUGCUUUUUCGCGCGGUGCGUAGUUAAUCUGCGGAACUCCUUGCCACUGGAGACAGGGGUGGCCACCGACUUAGAUGGCUUUAAAAGGGGAUUAGGCAAAUUCAGGGCUAUCGAAGGUGACUAGCCACUAUGGCCAUGCUCUGCCUCCGCACUUUGAGGCCGUGAUGAUUCUGAGGUGAAAAGUAAGAGUAGCAGGUGUGAUUUGGGGGGAAUCAUGCUCCCAACACCUGCUCACUGCUGCUCUUUGCGAGACAGGGAUGAGGCAGGGUACCAGCAUUCAGCCCAAGCCCCUGUAUUGGGAGGAUGGCUCCAUCCCUUGCGGGCAGGGCCAGAUUGAGGUUUGAUGAGGCCCUAAGCUACUGAAGGUAAUAGGGCCCUUUAUAUGUCCAGUUGUCCUUUGUCAACAACAAAUGGUCGCUGUUUUUUGUGUUGAAUAUAUGUUGUUGUUGUUGUUUAGUCGUUUAGUCGUGUCCGACUCUUCAUGACCCCCUGGACCAGAGCACGCCAGGCACUCCUGUCUUCCACUGCCUCCCGCAGUUUGGUCAAACUCAUGCUGGUAGCUUCAAGAACACUAUCCAACCAUCUCGUCCUCCAUCAUCCCCUUCUCCUUGGGCCCUCCAUCUUUCCCAACAGGGGGUCUUCUCUUCUCAUGAGGUGGCCAAAGUAUUGGAGCCUCAGCUUCAUGAUCUGUCCUUCCAGUGAGCACUCAGGGCUGAUUUCCUUCAGAAUGGAUCGGUUUGAUCUUCUUGCAGUCCAUGGGACUCUCAAGAGUCUCCUCCAACACCAUAAUUCAAAAGCAUCAAUUAUUCGGCUAUUAGCCUUCUUUAUGGUCCAGCUCUCACUUCCAUACAUCACUACUGGGAAAACCAUAGCUUUAACUAUACGGACCUUUGUUGGCAAGGUGAUGUGUUGGAUUUAUAUGCUAGAUGGUAAUUUAUGGACCUGAUGGGUAUCUAAAGCCGUUUGCACAGGUUGCCAUGCAACCAGUCCAUGCAGAAUGUAGGCACCCUAUAUAUAGAAAGGAGCAAACCAGUGAUAUUUGAGGGAGCAGGCGAGCAGGCGGGGCCCAUGACUUACAUCCUAGGAGCCUACACAACACAAAAGACUGUUGCUCUAUGUAGGUUUUAUUUUAUUUGUUUUUUAUCUUAUAUUUUGGAAAUGUACAUCCAGUUGCUUUUUCCUUUAAAUUUUUUUGGGUCCCCAAGAGAGUGGGGCCCUAAGCUAUAGCUUGUUUAGCUUAUACUUAAAUCUAGCACUGCCCCCACCACGAUCCUGCCCUGCCCUCCAGAAUGCAGUUCCUGGCAGCAGCAGAGGACAAAGCCAGAAGGAGGCUUUUCUUUUCUUUUUUCCUGAGGAAGGUGAUCUAAAUAGCAUUCGAUAUUCUGUACUGGGCCGACCGACCAAUGCCUUGCUUCUAGAUGCUAAGGCUUCAUCUGUUGUUAAAAGCAGCAGUUCUAAAUAUGGACUCUAGGGGGCGAUAUCACACAAUGCCCAGAUGGGGGAGGACAGCAAUUCAUAACAUUCCCAAUAUCUGCAAUAAAAACCCCUUAAAGAAAGAAAAACCUCAAUCCAAAAUGAAGAACGGUUUUUGAGUGUGUAUUACUGCUUGUCUUUUAAGACUAAGAGAGGGAGCUAAAGAAUAGUAGCAAUUCUAUUAUGAAAGUAUACAGAAUAGACUCAUUAUAUCUGUAGAGGUAAAUUGUCUCAGGUUUUAACUAUAUAUAUUUCAUUUGAAUCCUUUAGAGAGAAGUGUCUUACGUAAUUAGAAUUGAAGGAUCUGACAGAACUAUUCACCUUCGACAGAAGUAAGUGGUUGAUUUUUCCAUAGCAAAAUGUCCAUAGGAACAUUCUGUUGGAAUGUUCUGUUGGAACAUUCUGGAAUGACAGGCAGAAGUGGCCAAUAAUCAGAAAUCGUUUGCUGAGUCUAGACACGGCAUUUUGCAAGUACACCCUGCGUUUCUAAUGCAAGCUUUCUAUUUGCAGAUUCUUUAUAUUUCGAAAUAUGCCUGUUUACUCCUUUAAUACAGAAGGAAAACGUCAAGUGCAGAACCCAUAUAUCCAGGUUCAUUUUAUUCAUAUUUUUAGAAGGGCAAAGAUGACAUUAAACAUGGAUUAUUUUAAUAUAUAGAGAGAGAUAGAUUUAAUAUCUGGAGUCUGGGGCCCAAGUCGGUGCCACUGGCCCUCACCUUUCUCAGUGGCUCAUGCAUUCUUUUUCUUUAGGGAAAGGGUGAUCUCCCUUUUGACUUGCGCCAUUUCAACCUUGUGCGAUUGGAAUUGUGCAAAUUAAAUGCAUGCAAAGUGGAAAGAGCUUUUAAGCUCCCUGUCCUGCUUACUGGGCAAGGCCCUCACAGCGUGUUGGCUCUGGGAGCCUGGGGACAGCCCCGCAAAGUCUCUGGCGACAUCUCACAAGAGCAGCCCAGAGCCCACGCAGUGCGCUGAUUCCAGGAGGGUGAGAAUGCUGGCGCAGGUUCAAUGCGCUUAUAUGCGCCAUCCUUGGAAUGUAAGCUCUGUGUAAGAUGGGAUCAUAAUGUAGCUCACAGUCAUUUCAGGUAGCCCCUCUCCGAUGAAAAUAGAGACCUCCUAUUCUAUUAUUAUUAUUAUUAUUAUUAUUAUUAUUAUUAUUAUUUGAUUUAUACCCCGUCCAUCUGACUGGAUUGCCCCAGCCAUUCUGGGCAGCUUUCAACCUAUGUUAAAACAUUAAACAUUUUUUUAAAAACCUUCCCUAUGCAGGGCUGCCUUCAGAUGUCUUCUAGAGAUCAUGGAGUUAUUUACAUAGCUGUCAACGUUUCCCUUUUUUAAAGGGAAAUUCCCUUAUUCUGAACAGGAUUCCUCGCAAGAAAAGGGAAAAGUUGACAGCUAUGGUUACUUAUCUCCUUGGCUCGGGGGUCAUAUAACUCCAACACCCCCACACAGACACAUUUUGAUGAAAAUAGGGACGUCCUAAGGAAAAGCAGGACAUUCAGGGAUCAAAUCAGAAACUGGGGCAGCUUCUGUAAAUCCAGGACUGUCCCUGGAAAACAGGGACACUUGCAGGGUCUGGUCUUGCCCUCGGUUUGUCUUGGGCAGUAUUCAAGCGCAGAUGCCCAAAUCUAGUGAGGGGGUGACAUGUACAUGUGGCAUUUGUGGGGCUUUUAAGCCUCUUGCUGACACCAUCCCGCAAUCGUAGCCCCAGUUGGAUAAUGGUCCGUAUUCCUGAGUAUCUGCUUGAAAGCUGAGAAGAGAAGGAGGACAGUGAUCCAUUGCAUCUCCUCCUGCUUUCAAACAAUAUUGCCAGAGAUCAGUGGGAGGACUUUGUGAAUACAGCAGCUCCCUGCUCCUCACUGUUGCUGUUGGAGCAGGAGCAAGUGUCUUUGUAACCAUCUAAUGAAAAGCAAAAAAGAAUCCCGUCCCAUCAGGUUCUUGCCAUCUCUGCCCUCUGAAUUCAACCGUAAAUUCCACCCGUUUCAUUAAUACACAAUCAGUUUGUAGGUUAGUUACGAACCACAAUGUGUGUCGGUUAGCCAAGAUUCCUGUCCUUGAGCCCUGAACUCUACCUCCACCUCUCUCUCAAAUCAGAACCAGUGAAGGUGGUGAAGGUCCUGUGUGAGUGUCUGGAGGCAGUUGGAGGAUGGAUGGCGGCUAACAGAUUGAGGUUGAAUCCUGACAAGACAGAAGUACUGUUCUUGGGGGACAGGAGGCGGCUGGGUGUGGGGGACUCCCUGGUCCUGAAUGGGGUAACUGUGCCCCUGAAGGACCAGGUGCGCAGCCUGGGAGUCAUUCUGGACUCACAGAUGUCCAUGGAGGUGCAGGUCAAUUCUGUGCCCAGGGCAGCUGUUUACCAGCUCCGUCUGGUACGCAGGCUGAGACCCUACCUGUCCACGGACUGUCUGGCCAGAGUGGUGCAUGCUCUGGUUAUCUCCCGCUUGGACUACUGCAAUGCGCUCUACGUGGGACUACCUUUGAAGAUGACCCGGAAACUGCAACUAAUCCAGAAUGCAGCAGCCAGACUGGUGACUGUGAGUGGCCGCCGAGACCAUAUAACACGAGGCUUGACAACCAUAUGUCAGGAGUGCUCUGAUGGUGUUUCCUGCUUGGCAGGGGGUUGGACUCGAUGGCCCUUGUGGUCUCUUCCAACUCUAUGAUUCUAUGAUUCUAUGAUUCUAUGAUUCUAUUAUUCUAACACCAGUCUUGAAAGACUUACACUGGCUCCCAGUAUGUUUCUGAGCACAAUUCAAAGUGUUGGUGCUGACCUUGAAAGCCCUAAAUGGCCUCAUUCCAGUAUACCUGAAGGAGCGUCUCCACCCCCAUCAUUCUGCCCGGACACUGAGGUCCAGCACCAAGGGCCUUCUGGCGGUUCCCUCACUGCGAGAAGCCAAGUUACAGGGAACCAGGCAGAGGGCCUUUUCGGUAGUGGCACCCGCCCUGUGGAACACCCUCCCACCAGAUGUCAAAGAGAACAACAACUACCUGACAUUUAGAAGACAUCUGAAGGCAGCCCUGUUUAGGGAAGCUUUUACUGUAAUGUUUAAUAGAUUAUUGUAUUUUAAUAUUCUGUUGGAAGCCACCCAGAGUGGCUGGGGAAACCCAGCCAGAUGGGCGGGGUAUAAAUAAUAUAAUAAUAAUAAUAAUAAUAAUAAUAAUAAUAAUAAUAAUAAUAAUAAUGUGGCUCCUUUGGGUAGAAGGAACCUGGUUAAUUCAGUUCUGUUCCGACCCGUUCCGAAGUACUGUUUUUGAACCUUGCAGGUUGACUGCUAUUACGGUGGAUAUGUGGAAGCCUUGCCAGACUCCAACGUCAUCCUGUCUACCUGCCAUGGGCUUUGGUAAUGUGCAUCUUCCCUAGGCGUUGAAAACUAUUGCGGCUGAUCUGGGGGUUGGGAUCUUCGUGCCUAGGCCUCUUGGACUCGUAGCCCAGCAGGCUGAAUGCAGACCCUCAUCAGACGCUCACAACUGUGUUUUUUCUUCAGUGCUCCCUAGGCAGGACAAAACCAAGGGGUUAAUCAUAGGCUGCCUAGGCUGCAAAACAGGCCUGGUGAAAUGCUUUGGCACAGGAGAUCACAAGAUCUGACCUCUCUCUUUUGCGCGCGCACACACACACACCUCCCGAGGGUUUGUGACCCAUUGACUACCCUCACCUGGUUUAUCCAGCCCAGGGCCGGAUUUAGGUUUGAUGAGGCCGUAAGCUCCUGAAGGCAGUGGGGCCCUUUAUAUGUCCAGCUGUCCUUUGUCAACCAAAAAUUGUCCCUAUUUUUUGUGUUGAAUAUAUGCUAGAUGGUAAUUUAUGGACCUAAUAGGUAUCUAAAGCCAUUUGCACAUAACAAAGUAUGUGUUUUAUCAAAGUAACUGUUGAACUGAAAUACAUCUAAGAAGUAUAUUAAUAGUGAAAUACAAUUAAGAAGAAGUAUAUUAAUAGUGAAAUCAUUAUUAAGCUCUAACUUAAAAUGAUUUUUUAUUCAUAACAAACUUAAUAAUGCAAACACAUUGGCAUUUGGCAAUAAUAAAAGUUUCUUUAGAAACACAAUUUACAGACACUCAUAAUCUACUCUCCAGAAACUUGCUAUAACAUGACAUAAUAAUAGGUGUAAAUAUAUGGUGCAAACUACUAAUAACGAUAAAUAGCAGAAUGUAGGCACCCUAUAUAUAGAAAGGAGCAAAGCAGUGAUAUUUUAGGGAGCAGGCUAGCAGACGGGGCCCAUAACGUACAUCCUAGGAGCCUACACAACACAAAACACUGUUGCUGUAUGUAGGUUUUAUUCUAUUUGUUUUUUAUCUUAUAUUAUGGGAAUAUACAUCCAGGUUUUUUCCCCUUGAAAUGUUUUGGGGGCCCUCAAGCAUGUGGGACCCUAAGCUAUAGCUUGUUUAGUUUACAUGUAAAUCCGGCACUGAGCCGGCCAGUCGAAGCCGUUCCCAGGAUUGUGGCGGCUGUGUCAUGCUGACGUGCAGGAGACGGAGGUGAGAGCUGGGAGCAGGAUGGGGAGCAAAGGUGGAUAAACUAUCCCAGUGCCUGGAAACCCUGGAAUCUCGAACUGCUCAGAAGUUAGGGUGGCAUGCAGCAAUAUUCAUCCUUAAAGAGCAGGUCGGUUUUAAGAAUUGGUGGGUAGCUGUACUGGGAGUUUUCCUUCUUUUUCUUCAUUCUGUCAUCACUCCGCUGCUCAGUCACAUCUUGUUGCUGGGGCAGAAUUCCCCUGGGAACGACCUGGAGAAAUACUUAGGGGGAAGAUGCUUCCCACAUUGCGGCUAAUGGGCAGAGCAUCUUUCGUCUCUCCAAGAAUGUCCCUUGGAACUUGUUUUUGAGCUGGGAACCAAAACUUCCACAUAGUUUCUGCCUGCCAACAAGCCUGUAUCUUUUUUCUGUCUCACGUCUCAUUGUAUUGAAAGUUGUUGUGCUUUUAUGAUGUAUCCCAUUUUUAUUCAUUAUUACAUUUCUUUCCUACCUUUCCUCAGUGGAGCUCAAGGUCUCACAAAAGCUUCUCCCUUAUCCAUUUUAUCCAUUGCAUAAAGUACAAUAAUAAUAAAAUAAGCUGCUAUUAUUAUUAUUAUUAUUAUUAUUAUUAUUAUUUAUUGGAUUCCUUGUACAGUCGUACUGUGGAAGUCGAACACAAUCUGUUCCGGAAGUCCAUUCAACUUCCAAAACAUUUGAAAACCAAAUCGCGGCUUCUGAUUGGCUGCAGGAAGCCGCAGAAGCCCCAUCGGACAUUCCGGUUCUAAAAGAACAUUUGCAAACUGGAGCAAUCACUUCUGGGUUUGCGGAAUUUGGGAGCCAAAACAUCAGAGUUCCAGGGCGCUUGGGGUCUACGGUACGACUGUAUAGCUUGCCAAACCGCUCCUAAUGAUCCUUUCAUUUUGGUUUUCAGGGGACAUAUACAGAUUGGACAAUUGCAGUAUGAGAUACAUCCUUUUGAGGGUUCCUCUACGCACCAACACUUUCUCUACCGCAUGGCCCCAGAGCAGCAGGAGCCAUGCAGAGGGAUCCCUGAUCCCCAGAAGCAGCUGCCAAGGCAUGAGAUAGAAUUUACUCCAGCCACAGUGUCCUCCGAGGAGAAGGUAAGCUUUCAUCCACUAAACCUGAGGAGUCAGUGGAAACUCUAUACCCCAGGGGUGUGGUGUUGGGCUCCAUGUUCUAAGGCAGGGUUUCCCAAACUUGAGCAUCCAGCUGUUAUGGACUACAAAUCCCAUCACUGGUCCAGAUAGCUAGGGAUGGUGGGAGUUGUAGUUUGGGAAACCCUGGUCUAAGCAGCCUCAGAUACAUGCAGUCACAUUUAUGCCUCUCCAGCGAGAAGCCCAAAUACCCGCCAUGUUUGGAUACAUCCUUUUCAUAUGCCGUAUUUUUCGCUGUAUUGUACGCACUUUUUCCCCUCCAAAAAUUGAGGGGAAAUGUGUGUGUGUCCUAUGGAACGAAUGCAGGCUCCUUGGCUUCAGCGAUAGCAACGCUAAGCCUCCGAAGCGCAGAGGGAGCGCUCCCUCCAUGCUCCAAAGGCUUCGCAUUGCUUUCGCUGAAGCCUGGAGAGUGAGAGGCGUCUGUGCGCACCGACCCCUCGCACUCUCCAGGCUUCAGGGAUAGCCGCGCAACCCCUCCGGCAGGUGGCUAUGGCUCCUUUAGCCCCGCGCAGCCUCUCCACGCAGGGAGAGGUCGCAUGGGGCUAAAGAGGAAGCCAAAACAGCCAGCGGGAUGGAUCCUGCUAGCUGCCUUGGCUUGUGCCAUAGCCGUGCGCAACCCCUCCGGCAGGGAGAGGCUGCACGGGGCUAUGGCUUCUUUAGCCUCGCAGCCUCGCCAAAACAGCAAGUGGGAUCCAUCCCGCUGGCUGCCUUGGCUUGUGCCAUAAGCACUGCAAGGCAGGGAGAGGUUGCGCCUGUACGCUGCUCUUUGGGGUUGGGGGGGAAAUAAGAUUUUUUUUCUUGAUUCCCCCCCCCCCCCUAAAAAAUAGUUGCGCCCUAUGGUCCGGUGCGCCCUAUGGAGCGAAAAAUGAUUUUCUUUCAACGUUUAACACCUUGUGAAUUUUAAAUCCCAAUUCCAUAACUUCUCCCGUGCUGUAAGUUGUAUAUUACACCCAAACCCCAGUGUUUCAUUACUCUUUCCUGAUGGACUUGACUGGGGUGGACCCAACAUUAGAUCCAUCAGAUUUGCCAGCUGCAUCUGCCGCUUCCAGCCCAAUGGAUUUCCUGCAGAAGUGGUACAAUGUCUGCAGCUCCACAUUUCUUUGAUUUGCCUCCUACAAACCCAGAGCUGUGUGCAUUUCAUUUCAGACAGAGUUCCCUGGAGCUGAUGCACCAUCCAGAUACCUCGAGUAUUUUGCUGUUUGCGACAAUUCCAUAGUAAGUGGUGAUAUCCUGUAUUCUCCGCCUGUAAGAGUUAUGCAUGUCUGUCUGCCUGCUUAGCGGCUUCCUUCAUAGAAUCAUAGAAUCAUAGAGUUGGAAGAGACCACAAGGGCCAUCGAGUCCAACCCCCUGCCAAGCAGGAAACACCAUCAGAGCACUCCUGACCUAUGGUUGUCAAGCCUCUGCUUAAAGACCUCCAAAGAAGAAGACUCCACCUUGCAGUGCUUCAAGCAUCAUAGGCUUAAGAAAGAGGGAAACCGACUUUCAGAUUAGAGGACAAGCAAUUCUCCUCACUGAUUAGCAGAUUGCAAAAGUUAAUAUAGAUGAAGAGAGCCUAAUUACUUACCCUGACUGUGGAAUUUUAUUGAAAGACAGCACCUUCCCGGAAUGCCCUGUGGUGUGGCACGUUUUGGCAGUCUUCAAAAGCAUUUAAAGAUAAAAUGCAAUAGAAUGACCGCUCCCCACAUCAAAUGGGGGGUGCCUUUUGUGUGGUCACGCGCAGCCCCCACGAUCCCAUGUGGCUCCCGGCAGUACAGCCUGGAUCUGUGCCCCACCCCAGGCUGGACACUCUGCCAGUUACCCAAUCCCAGCUGGGGAGGCGUUGCCAGGAGAGAGUUGGCCAGGUAAGGGGAGGGAUCGCCCUGCCCACACAAUAGUGGGCAGAACUUACCUGGGAGUUCUCAGUCGGCUUCAGAGCUUCUCCCACCCUGCCCUCCCUCAGUUAAGCCUUCUUUCGCAGGUUAACCUCUUCUUCACAGGUACGCGGGCGCUGCUACGCUAUGGUCGCUGUUGAAGGGCCAGAAAGGGAUUUUCCUGCAUUGGCAGGUUUUGCCUUCCCCAUAGCAAAACGUCACAACUUUGGUGGUUUCAGGCCUUGGGCGGAAUCCUUUAGUCCAGGGGUGGCCAACUCCCAAGAGACUGACAGUGAUCUAUCCCCUUUUUGAGGAUUCAAGUCAAGGUUGUUGACCUCCUUUUUUUAGGGAGGGGAAAACCCAUGCAGGGCAAAAAUGUUGAACUUUUUUUAGGGGAGCCAAACUUGUUGAGCUUCUUUGGGGGGAGCCAGUGAUCUACCAGUGAUCUACCACAGACGUCCAGUGAUCUACCGGUAGAUCACGAUCUACCUGUUGGAUGUGCCUGCUUUAGUCUAUCUCCCCUAAAUGGGGGAGGCGUGAAGCGGUGACCCACGCCCCCGCUGCGGCGUCAAUCCCAGGGUUCCCCGUUAAAGCGGUUGUUUUGAGGGGAGUCAUUGGCCAUAAGCCGAGAGGAUGUCAUUGGUCUCCCCCAUGUAGCGGCGAAUUGGGGGAUGGGCUCUCUGCUUGAACAGACUUUCUCCAGAGCCAGCCCAAUCCCCACACAUUCUGGAUAGCCCUGAUGUUCCCCAGAUCUCCAGCCGGGGACUGGGAGGAAUAAACGCCCAAUGCCUAAGCCAAAGUCUCCCUACAUCUGAAGUUUUAAUAAAGUUGUGGCCAAAAUUUUAAUCCCGUAACACGUUGUCUUGAGUCAUUAUUCCACUUGGGUGUCGCCUGGGGUUGGAGGGGGGUCAAAUGCAAUAAAGAAAGAUGUCAGCCCUAGCUUAUAAAGAACUCUUUUAUUUUAGUAUCAGCAGAAAAAGAAAAACGUGACUCAGGUGAUAUUGAUGGUGCUUCAGAUUCUAUCUGUCCUUCACAAUGUAUGUAUGUUUAUUGGAAAUUUCUGAAUAAUGUUCUGUGUCUUGCCUGGGGGAGGAAAGAGGUGAAAAGCACUAUCUUAACUUGAAGAACGGAGGACAAAGGGCACAUCGCAUGCAAAGGCAUCGUGAGACGCUCUGGUCUUUGGGGAAGAGUUUCCCUUUUGCAAAGAGGGAGAAGGGGGAUUUAUGUGUUAGCUGGAGCGAAACUUUCUUGCCGCGAUAGUCAAAUGUAAAGGGUGAUGAGCUGUGCAUAUUGCAGGUAUUAAUACUGCGCAGUUUGAAGCAACUGGAAGCAUAAGAAUUGGCUCCUUUUGGAAGAAAUCAUUGUCCUGGCCCAUAAAAACAUUAUUCAAACUUUCACUUGCAGAACUUUCUUCAUAACAGAAUUAAAACAUCAAAUAUACACCCAAAACAUCCCUACGAUGUAUUGUAUUGUGCUGUCCAGCACAGGCUCAGCAUCUUACAAUAAAAGAUAACUCCAGAAAUCAAAAUGUGUCUCUCUCCCUCAUUCCAGCUUCUUGGAGAGCCAUUAUCACAUACUUCUGUUCUCUGUCGCUUUCAGAGAAAAACUAACAAUCACAACCCUUUCAAGAAGGCGAAUUUGCAGCUCAAUGCCUUUUUCAGCUGAUUUAAGGUUACAACACUCACCUGUUAGCUAGCAGAAAACAACAGUUAAUUAUCAGCUCGGCAAGAGCUCAGAGUCUACAGUAGUUUUCUAACCACUGUGGGGCAAACCCAGUGUUAGCAAUACACAUUUAAGCAUUUUCCAUUUUAAACCUUCAUUGAUAAGGAAGCAUUUCCCCAUUUCUGUGUGAAUUAAAUCAAAUCAAAUGUCCCUGGUGUGACUUCAUUAGGUUAGACUCCUGCCACACCUUUUGCAUAAUGGGUGAGAGUCGCUCCUAAUGCACAGGGUAAGUAGAAGACAGCAGUUAUUACUGCCUUGCAGGGGGUUGGACUAGAUGACCCUUGGGGUCCCUACAAUUCUAUGAGUCUAAGAUUUAACAAGUUGCCUUGCGUGUCUCAAGCCUUGACUUGAUACACCACUUUCCUGUAGCUUGGGGAAUUUCUGUAGUCAAACUGCAACAAGACAGCUCUGCAGGGUAGCAGGUGGGAGAGACUCUGAGCACAUAAAUUGAUUGCUUUGGUGUGAACUGCCAGGGCAUCAGGCAUAGAAAUGUAUUUAAUAAUAAUAACAAUAAAUAAAUACAGUCAUACCUCAUGUUACGUUUGCUUCAGGUUGAGUGCUUUCAGGUUGCGUCCCGCGGCGACCCGGAAGUACCGGAAAGGGUUACUUCCGGGUUUCGCUGCUUGUGCAUGCGCAGACAUCAUGCGCAGAAGCAGCGAAUUGCAACCCGCACACGCGCAGACGUGGGUUGCAUUCUGCUCAUGUUGCGAACGGGCCUCUGGAAUGGAUCCCGUUCGCAACCAGAGGUACCACUGUAAAUAAAUAUUACUAAUAAUGAACAAUUGAUUGAUGGUAAUGUGUUCAAAGCACUUAACACAUGCUUUGUCUUACAACAACCCUGUAAGGUAGAUCAGCAUUAUUAUAACUGUGUGUGUCUGUCUAUAGAACCAUAGAAUUGUAGAGUUGGAAGGGGACCCUGGGGGUUGGGUCACCUAGUCCCCAUCUUUUGCGCCACAUGGGUCUUGAACCCCAUGACCCUGAGAUUAAGAGUCUCACGCUAUCUUAUGCAUGUGUCUAUAUAUAUAUUAUCAGUAUGUUUUAUAAGCACAUACUGAUUUCCUAUUUUCUGUUUUCAGAUAUAUGACGACAUAGGUCUUCACGUUGUUUUGACAGGAAUAGAGGUGUGGACAAGGCAAGAUCUGGCAGGCAGCGAUACCGGUUUGCAAGCGUUUCACAACUACGUCACCUCCGAGCUUCGGACUCAAGUCCAUUUCGACCAUGCCUCCUUAUUCACGUGAGACUCUUCCCCAUUUCCAUUGCUGGGAGUGUAUGGUCACCCUGCUUUGCCUGCCUGCUGCUGAAUAGAAUAGAAUAGAAUAGAACAGAACAGAAUUUAUUAUUUAUACCCCACCCAUCUGGCUGGGUUUCCGCAGCCACUCUGGGCAGCUUCCAGCAAGGAUUAAAAAUACAUCAAAAUGUCACACAUUAAAAGCUUCCCUGAACAGGGCUGCCUUCAGAUGUCUUCUAAAUGUCAGGUAGUUAUUUAUCACUUUGACAUCUGGUGGGAGGGCGUUCCACAGGGUGGGCACAACCACCAAGAAGGCCCUCUGCCUGGUUCCCUGUAACUUGACUUCUCGCAAUGAGGGAACUGCCAGAAGGCCCUUGGCGCUGGACCUCAGUGUCCGGGCAGAACGAUGGGGGUGGAGACACUCCUUCAGGUAUACUGGACCGAGGCUGUUUAGGGCUUUCAAGGUCAGCUCCAACACUUUGAAUUGUGCCCAGAAACGUACUGGGAGCCAAUGUAGGUCUUUCAAGACUGGUGUUAUGUGGUCUCGGCGGCCACUCCCAGUCACCAGUCUACCUGCCGCAUUCUGGAUUAAUUGCAGUUUCCUGGUCCCCUUCAAAGGUAGCCCCACAUAGAGCACAUUGCAGUAGUCCAAGCGAGAGAUAACCAGAGCAUGCACCACUCUGGAGAGACAGUCUGCGGGCAGGUAGGGUCUCAUCCUGCACACCAGAUGGAGCUGAUAAACAGCUGCCCUGGACACAGAAUUGACCUGCGCCUCCAUGGACAGCUGUGAGUCCAAAAUGACUCCCAGGCUGCGCACCUGGUCCUUCAGGGGCACAGUUACCCCAUUCAGGACCAGGGAGUCCUCCACACCUGCCCGCCCCCUGUCCCCCAAGAAAUAUCAACAAAUGUUAUCUGUCCUUGCCCCUAUAAUUUAAGGAUCCAGUUAUGCCCUGAAUUUUGACAUCUUCUCUUUUCUAGGGCUGUGGGUCAACAUAAUUCCUUUGGGAACUCGUGGGAAGAACGUUUUUGUCUUCAGGAUCAUGUCUCAGUUUCUUCUGUCAGAGUAAGUGGUGUGGUACAUUAUUUGAUGUGACCUUGCCAGUCCCUGGUCCCUUUAAUUCACAUGUUUUUAUACACUAGCGUUAAGCUAUGAUGCCUAUUUAUUUGUACCCUACUUUUCAGCCAGAGCACCCUCCCUCAGACUCCCUCCAGAGCAGUUUACGUGAAAUCCAAACAAGACAGGCUUACAUUCUAAUAAACAAAGAAUGAAAUUAAUAAAAACACAAUACACAGGGUGAAGGGGACAAGGAGGGAAGGGGGAAAUUAAACUCAAAAUUCCAGCACCAGUUUCUAGACAGUUGUUCCUAUAUUGACCAGCUGCUUGGGGCUUCUCUGUACAGUGGUACUUCAGGUUAAGAACUUAAUUCGUUCUUGAGGUCCGUACUUAACCUGAAACUGUUCUUAACCUGAAGCACCACUUUAGCUAAUGGGGCCUCCUGCUGCUGCCGCGCCACUGGAGCACGAUUUCUGUUCUCAUCCUGAAGCAAAGUUCUUAACCCGAGGUACUAUUUCUGGGUUAGCGGAGUCUGUAACCUGAAGCGUAUGUAACCUGAAGCGUCUGUAACCCGAGGUACCACUGUAUACUACUUUUUAAAUUAAUAGGUUUUCAGUGAUGCUCCAUAGUAGUCUGAAAUAAUAAUAAUAAUGACAAGACCAACAGUACAAAAUACCAGCUGAAGAGAAUGAAACCGUAUGACCAUUGGAUACUGAAAAAUCAGACCUUUGUUUUACGACUCAACGUUUUAUCUAUUUCCUCCAAUUUCUGUAUACAAGUCACAACAUGGUGAUGGACUUCUUUGAUUUUCCCUGUGAUAACAUUUAUAUCGAAAAUGUAAGAAAAGCCCUGCUGGAUCAGGCCAGUGGCCCAUCUAGUCCAGCAUUCUGUUCUCACGAGGGUCAACCAGAUGUCUACCCAUAAGUAGGACCCGAGUACAACAACACUCUCUGCUUCAUACUGGCUGCCUUGCAGAACAUCCUGGGGAGAAGAAAGGGCUCAAGAGUUAACCCUGCCUAAACCUGGAGCUGCUGUUUUGCCGCUUUAUCGUGCAACCCAAAAUGGGUUGUUGUUUUUUUGCAAAAAGCUUUGGAUAAUCUACUCCCCCUGCAGAACCACAAUUCGCAGGCAAUCCUGUGCACUCCUGCAUUCUCAAAAAGGUUUCCUUGUUUUAUUUUUUAUUGAAUACAGCAAGAAAAGAAAACACAGAUACAGAAUUACACACAGGAAUAACAAUAAACACAAAAUUUUCUUAACAAACAAUAAAACACAAUAGACCCGACCUCCCGUCUAUUCCUUAUUUCAAUUUCAUAUUACUUAUUGCCAAUACACACUUUUAUCACCAUUUAACUUUUUCUUACUAUAUCUUAGCUCUUAUGUCUAACUUGCAACUGUUACUGAAGUUCCUCAAAUGCUGUGCAUUCCCCGAAAGGUUUCAAUCGCCUUUGGGCUCAAUUCCCUGUCCUUCUUUUUCCUCCCCUGCAUACAGACAUCCUUGUCUUUAACAAAUGACGGCGUAUCAGCCGCCCAUCAGCUGGGCCACGCGGUUUUUGGCUUUGUCCAUGACGACCUUCCAGAGCUUAAAGGCAGAAGGUGUGACUGCACCUGCACCUCGGAGCGUGGCCGCUGCGUCAUGCAUUCAGCCGUUGCGUAAGUAGGGGGUCAGUGCUCCUUCGACCGCUGUAGUUUUGACUCUGGAAAUAAAGCAUCUUUGUUGGUUAUAUUCUUGGUCACUGCCCAAGUCAGCCUUGAAAAGCUGUUGGCGGACAAAAGCACCGCACUCUAUAGCCAAAUUAGACUGGACGUAACUGUCCAGGCGUCCUUUAACUUGACCAGUCAACCCCCCCUUCAGACAUAUUUAUUUUUGGGGGGGAAGCACGACCCAAUGAUUUCAGUUGAACUGAUUGGUAACUGGGACUGACCAAUAUGAUCAUAUCACACCAGUCUGUUUCCAAAGCUGGUCUUAACCUUGAAUGUUUUGGGUCCACAUUCCCUGAAGGAUUGUCCCAUAUAUACCUGUUUGAGUCUCAAGAUCACCUCCAGAGCCUCUUCUCCACCAGAUGAUAAUAAUAAUAAUAAUAAUAAUAAUAAUAAUAAUAAUAAUAAUAAUAAUACAAUUUAUUUAUACCAUGCCCUCCCCAGCCAAGACAAGACUGGGCUCAGGGCGGCUAACACCAGGUGUUAAAACAAUUGAUUAAAGUACAACUAAGAACAAGAGUGUUCCACCAGGCCAGAGCCAGUGUUGAAAAGACCCUGGCCCUGGUUGAGGCUAAUUUGACUUCCUUAGGGCCCGGGACCUCUAGGGUGUUGCUAUUUAUGGACCUUAAGGUCCUCCACGGGGCAUACCAGGAGAGGCGACCCCAUAGGUACGAGGGUCCUAGCCGUGAUGAGGUGGGGCAGAUGCCACAGGGAGAGAUCCUUCUUGGUGGUGGCCCCCAGGUUGUGGAAUUCCCUCCCCAACGAGGUAUUUUCAGGAACAGGCAAGUGUCCUUUUCAUUUCCCCAGGCUUAAGUUAUUUUUAUGCCCUUUGCGCCAUUCUUUUCCAUUGCCUAUUUUAUUCUCAGGCUCUUUUAAUCAUUUUGGAUUGUAUGGCCGCGUUCCAUUUUACAUGCUGCAAUUUUAACUUUCAUUUGUCAAGCACCCAGGAAGCCUUUUUGUUUGUUUGUUAACGAGCAGCGUGGAAAUAAAAAGUAAAAUAAAAGGACUGCUGUUCUGCUAACAGUUUGUUGUCUUUUAUUGCAGAGGGUGUCACCGAUUUAGUAACUGCAGCAAAAAUGCAUAUUACGAAUUCCUAGCAAACCGGGGGAAAUUUUGUUUGCUGAAUCUGCCUAGGGACUCAUUUGAAAGCUACUCUGAGAAUACAUUUAACAUAAAGAUGUGCGGAAACGGAGUGGUGGAAGGCGAGGAAGAAUGUGACUGUGGUAGGCCUGAGGUUAGAGGGUGUUAUUAAAUAUAUAUGUUUUCUGCCUUGACGGGCAUGGAGUUUCCUUGCUUUUUAAUUUGCCCUAAGGUUCUUGCAUCCUGUUUUGUUAGCAAAUUAACAACUCCUUUCGUUAAAACAUGAACUUAACUUUGCUUCCCAGGCACAUUAUCUCCAGUUUAAUUCUCAUUUUAAAAUCCCAAAUCCCGGAAUACAUCCCGGGGAGCAUAUAGAUUGAAUGUGUCUUCUCUGGUUAAGAAUCCCCUGGUGACUUGAUGGCAGAUUAGAACUUAGAAUACAUUUUGGCUACUGUUGAUUUUAAUCAUUUUUGGAAUAUUAAUGCUUUGUUUUAUAUUUUUGGCAAGGAGGAGUUGUUCAUUUACAAUCAAGCAGUAUAAUAAAUUUUGUAAAAUGAUCUCCACAUCCACAAAUCAGAAUGAAUGCCCACUAAACAGCAAACGUAGUAGAAUCUCCCUACAAACUUUGUCCAAACCAACUGAGAUGAAUGCUCACAAGUAUCUCCUGUUUUUCUGUUUCACAAACCAAUGCACAGAAUGAUAAAGGUUUUUUUAAAAUUUAUAGAGAGUGGUACCUUGGUUCUCAAACUUAAUCUGUUCCGGAAGUCCAUUCCAAAACCAAAGCGUUCCAAAACCAAGGCACUCUUUCCUAUAGAAAGUAAUGCAAAACGGAUUAAUCUGUUCCAGACUUUUAAAAACUACCCCUAAAACGGCAAUUUAACAUGAAUUUUACUACCUAACAAGACCAUUGAUCCAUAAAAUGAAAGCAAUAAUCAUUUUACUGUACUAUAAAAUAAAUAAGACAGUAUUGUAGAUAAUAAAAAUAAAAUCCCCCCCCCACCUUACUUGCACUGAUGAUAGUCAUUUUUUGUAUGGGGGGCUUUUAUCCAUUUCCACAAUCACACAAUCACACACAGUCAGCUGAACUGGGUUCCACACAGUCACAAAAACAAAUUACCAAAAAAGCCUCAAAAACAAAAACGCAAAAUAAAUAGCAAAAACAAAAGCGCAAAAUACAGUGGUACCUUGGUUCUCGAACUUAAUCCGUUCCGGGAGUCCGUUUGACUUCGGAAAUGUUCGAAAACCAAGUCGCGGCUUCCGAUUGGUGCAGGUGCCCCGGAAACAACAGCUGCAUCGAAUGCUCGGCUUCCGAAAAACAUUCGAAACCCGGAACACUGACUUCCAGGUUUUUGGCAUUUGGGAACCAAGGCGUUUGAGUACCAAGGCAUUUGAGAACCAAGGUACCACUGUAUUUAAAAACUGGCAGGAUGAAAGCGUGGGUGAGACGGGAGACUCUGUAAUUUUCUUUUUUUUUUUCUUGGAAAAGGAUCUAAAAGAACUGCAGGACGUUGCUUCACUAUCGGAAAGCAGAGUACAAGAACUGAAAAGGCUGGAGGUAAGUUGUGGCUAAAACCAACUGCCCUUUGUCACUGUCAUUCAAGAGCACUGCUCUGGCCCCAAGGAGCCUGCACAGAUCCUGCAAAGUCUAAUGUAGAUCUUCCCGUUGUUGUACGGCGAGUGGCCCACUGGGAGUGAGGGUUGAAGGCAGCUGGAAGUUGAGCUGACACAACUAAAACGAUCUAAAAUGUAUAAGAACAUUUCAAGUAACUGCUGGAGAUGUGGGGAAGCGGAAGGCUCAAUGCUACACACCGUAUUUUUCGCUCCAUAAGACGCACCUAGUUUUUAGAGGAGGAAAACAAGGGGGGGGGGAUUCUGAACGAAACAGUGGAUGUAUGAUUUUUGUGGUUCAUGCUGUGGCCACAGACAUGUGAUCUGAUGGUGAAUUUGGGGUGACCCAAUGCAAAAAUCCUGAGGAUCCAUGUGGAUCCGUGCUUUGUAACCACGUUUUUGCGAUAUUGCGGCCCCACGCAACAGUGGGUGCGUAAUUUUUUUGCUGCAGGCUGUAGCCAUGGACAUGCUAUGUGAUCUGAUGGUGAAUUUGGUGUGACCCAAUGCAAAAAUCCUGAGGAUCCAUGGGCUUUUACCUCCCCUCUCCCAGGCAGCCUCCGCUAGGUCCCUUAUCUCUCUUCCGAUCCCACCGAUCAGCUGCUUCCUUUCAACACCCCCUUCCCUCUUGUUUGCCUUAGUGUCUUUUCCUUAGCUGGAGCAGUUUUUUGCUCCUCCUUUUCUUCUAAUUUCUCUCCUCAUUGCUUUAGUCUUCUUGUUUCCCCCAUUUGCAAGUUUUCUGUCUUUACCUCCCCUCUCCCAGGCAGCCUUCUUUAUUGCUAUCAUCCCUUAUCUCUCUCCCCGAUCGCUUUGUUUCAACACCCACUUCCCUCUUUCAAAAAAAGAGAGCAUGAUCUGCUUUUCACCCCUGGGCAAUUUGGCUCCAGGGACUACGCAUUCGCUCCAUAAGACGCACAGACAUUUUCCCUUACUUUUUAGGAAGAAAAGAGUGUGUCUUAUGGAGUGAAAAUUACGGUAUGUGGUGGACCUGUAAGAAAAUAAACGAAUUUUGGGAUGUAAUUUAUAAUGAACUCAAAAGAAUGAUUAAGGUAUCUUUCAUUUUAAAACCCCCCGGAUGUUUUCCUCCUGGGGUACUAGGCCCAGAUAUACCUAAAAACUCGAGAGAAAUAUUCUUGUAUGCCAUGAUAGCUGCAAGAAUAUCAAUUGCUACAAAUUGGAAAGGAGAGAAAAUGUCGACAAAGCUGGAGUGGCAAAAUAAACUGUUGAAAUAUGCAGAAAAAUAUGCAGAAAAACUGAGAGGUCACACUGACCAAACAUUUAUUAGGAAAUGGGACAUGUACAAAAAAAAAUACCUUAAGGAUUACUGUAAUAACAUGACGUCAGUGGCAGCCCUUGAAUGACUUCUGUGGUAUGAUGGAUAAUGGUAGGAGAAUAUAAUACUGAUGAAACUUAACAAGAGAAAACGAAAUUAAAUAGUGCGCUAGAUAGACUAAGAGGUAGGCGCAUGAUGGGGUGGCGGGAAGUCGUUAGAAGUUCAAGAAGAACGUAUUGUGAUGUGAUGUAACAAAUAUUACCAUUUUCUUUUCUUUCUUCUGGAUAACCCUUUUGUUUGUUACUUCUUUUUAAUCUCAAUGAACCAUAUGUGUGUGUGUGUGUGUGAAUGAAGUUGAGCGUGAGGCUCUGAGAUCAGAGGUUUGCAGAGAGUGGUACCCUCUUCCAUCCCGCCAGUUUUCCCUCCAUAGGGUGCCACAGGGGGUGGGGGGUGUGUCCUUCUGUGGGGCUCUUCCUGAGGAAGCUUUCACAUUGACCCAAUGCAAGUAGCAGUGUCAGGGAAGCGACUCUCAACUGCCAAGGGAGAUAGCUCCGUCUCCAAGGCCAAGGAAGGGGUCAGCCCUUUGUCAGGACAGGGAAGGGAAGAGUCACAAAUGUGGAUUUGAGAGAGGAAGAAGAGUCAUGGCGGUCGGACAUUGCCCCUGACCAUUGGUCAUGCUGGCUGCAGCAUUCUCUGCUGGGCACCAGCUUGGCCUGGUCUGGUCUAGGCUUUAAACACAUAGGACCAUAGAAUUGCUGAGUUGGAAGGGACCCCAAGGGUCAUCCAGCCCAACCCCCUGCAACGGGAAGUGCAGGAACGUCAGCCUUUGAAGAAGGCACCACCACCAUCCCAGCAGCAAAAUGGCCUCAGUACACCAGGCAGCAGUUCAACAGGUGGGUGGAGAGGCCCGUGGGGUCAUUUUUGCCCCUGCUGCCUACUGGGAGGUGGGGGGGGCACAUGGAUGAGACUGCCCAUUGAGCUUCCAUCCUGACAAAGCCUCAUCCAUCCUUUCCUGGUGCCCAAAGGCACCACAUGGUUACGAAGAGUAGGGCUGGGCAACAUGUCGAUAUAUCGUCCAAAACCGGUUUGAAGUCCAUAUUGUGAUCUUGGUCUCAUGGUUUUUGACCGGGCCAUGUAUCGCGGAUCACGAUAUGGGUGUGUGCGCGAUGCAAAAAUCACAAUGCUUCUCUCGAUUCCUGCAGCCUCUGUUAACUCUCCCCUGCCUCCUGCCCCACAAGAGGCUCCUUCGUUUGAGCCUAGCUUUGACAGCUCCUUCAUGCGCAGCUACUGCUUCCACUCCCAGGUCAGGUCUGGGGGGGGGGGCGAAGAGAAGGAGGAGAGGAACAGCUCUGGAAGGUGGUUUAGGUCCAAGAAGCUGUUAACUAGCCUGCAAUCUUUUCUGACAGGAGUGCCAGAAAAAUGAUUGCUGCCAAGAGGAUUGCAGGUGGAAACCAAACGCAGUGUGUACUCACGGACUCUGCUGUGACAACUGCAAGGUAAGAUCGCCACAGCAGCUGCCAUUGGCCUCUGGUUUGGUGCUUAAAAUCCUUACUCUCUGGGUCUGUCGAACCUCCAGCAAACGCCUUGGUGACAUCCUUGUGCAGAUAGUUAUCUUAACCUCACGAUGCCUUUCGCUGCUUAUUUGCACUAGAUAAUGCACGUGGUCUCUUCGGGUCUAAUUUCUUCUCCAUCUUGAGUUGGGGAAGGCCGAACAAACGCUAAAUUAUCUGCAUAUAUGCCUUUCUUAUUUAGCGCCCCUCAAUACUUACCCAUCCUCAUUUUAUUUUAUGAGUACAUCCACUGCAGCACCAUUUUACAGACAAAAUGCGCUCAUCGUAGGCAAUAUAAUUUUUAAGAGCCUUGUUUUUUGACAGUUUGCAAGUCCAACACUGUCAGCCAGGAAGGAACUUGCUGAGCUAGAGAACCCAGGUUUGCAUAGAUCUGUUUGUAUAUCCCACACUGAUACACUUUCCUCUUAUUUGCAUGAUUAUCUGUAUUUAUUUGCAAAGUUGGGCUCUGGCAGAUUGAGCGGACUAGAGUGGGUCCAACGGCCAAGAAGGCAGUUUCUGCACGAGAUGAAGAGGGAAUACAUGGGCAGAUGGGGCUCGUCCACCUGGGAAGGGAGGCUAAGAAGGAAAACUCUGAUCCUAAACCUCCGCUGCCUUGCGGGACAUCGUCAGAAGAAGAAAAGCCUAAGGAACAAGCCCUACACAAAUCCAGAAUGAUACGAUACGAUACGAUACGAUACAAUAAUCUUUAUUGUCAUUGUCCCAUACAGAACAACAAAAUUGAAAAAAUCUACAUCAGACAUUCAAAAACCCACAAGCCUGCUAUCCCAGCCUGGUUAGCCCCCUAAAAACUCUGAUACUCCAUAAUUAAAUACAAUAUACUCCCAUAGAGACCACCUUACACUGCGUUUAAAACCAAAAUCACAUUUGGGUAGAAAUUGUUUCUCAAGCGGCUAGUCCUAGUCUUUAUAACCCUGGACCUUCUUCCAGAAGGCAGAAGCUGAAAGAGAUCAUUUCCGGGGUGCGCACUAUCCUGCGCUAUCUCUGCAGCUUUCUUACGGCACCUGGAAGCAUUGAUUUGAUCCAAGGUGGGAAGAGUGCACCCAAUUAUUCUCUCCACAGUCUUUACAACCAUGGAUAGCAUUGGUUUUUCCCUGGCCGUGCAGCUCCCAAACCACACACACAGACCAUAAGUUAAUACACUCUCCACAAUACAGUGGUAAAAUGCCACCAACAGGUCCUUUGAGAGUCCCUAAGACAGCUGGAUGGCACCUUGUACGCCUCCUUCCAGCAACUCCUGCACCAGGAUGGUGCCCAACGUCUUGCUCUGCUUUCCUUUCGACCCCAUCAGUGAGGACGAGGGGUGGGGGGUCUUGUCGUCUGGGCAGCCCAGGACCUCCAGACACACAGCCCAGGCAGCAAAAACAAAGCGGGAGGCCGCAGCUACAAGUUACUGGCCUCUGCGGCCACAGCAGACGCUGUGAUUCCCCAGCAGUUUGGCUUCCCCUCCAGAGGCGCACUCCAUGUCUCUCAAGGUAGACAGAUGCCAGGAACAUUUUAUUCCACGUCUUGUCUGUUAUGUGCAUAUUUCCAUGUGGUGUUAAAAAAGCCAGAGCUUGUUGUAUGUAGGCAGUCAAUAAUUUGAACAGUAAUAGCAAUAAUAAUAAUAAUAAUAAUAAUAAUAAUAAUAAUAAUAAAUGUUUCUGCAUCCUCUGAGAAAGCAGCCACAUUGUGGGGUUUGGUUCUUGUUUCCAACAGAUUGUCACCGAAGGGAAAGAAUGCAGGGAAGCGGCUUCUGAAUGUGAUUUCCCCGAAUACUGCAAUGGGGUUUCCUCCAAAUGCCCCCCGGAUGUGUACAAGCAAAACGGGAUGCCGUGCGGCACCAAUGACAUCUGCUAUUCGGGGAAAUGCUUCAAUGCUCACCAGCAGUGUGAAGAAAUCUUUGGCAAAGGCAAGGCUCACAUGAUUUAAUACAAAAUAGCUAGCAGCUUUGUGUCACCCUGUAUAGAGUGUCCCUAAAUGUGCCUUUUCGGUUUCUCAGUUUUCCAGUCUUCGGGUCUCCACAUUUCCACUUCAGCUUGUGAAGAAUUAUUAUUAUUAUUAUUAUUAUUAUUAUUAUUAUUAUUAUUAUUUCCAGGUCCUCGUGAAACUUAAUCAGCAUUUCAGAGCUACUUUCUUCUAAUAUACAUUUUUGCAAAGUAAUUUCCCUUAGUAUAAUGCAGUUUUGCAUAUUUUGGCUAAUUUUUAUGCACACUUUGCCAGAGCAUAUGCAUUUUCUCCUCCUUGGUGGGAAAAGUGCACUGCAACCUCCAGAGAGGUGUGAGUUUUGAUGGAUGGUUGUGUUUCAGUUUGCUCUCUUUUCAGAAAGUGUGAUUUGGGUAGGUUCACAUUUAAGGGCAAACUGGACUUUAAGGAACUUCUACCCCAUCUCCACCUCUGUGAUCAGGAAUUUGUGAGUCUUCUCCUAGGAGGGACAAAUGCUAUAUCAAUAAGGUUCCCUCUGGCAACCUCACACUGAAUUUCUUGCUCGCGAAUCUUUCCCUCUCAUGCACAAAUCAACAAAUACUGAAACUGCCUGGGACCAGCCUUCGUGCUUACCAGCUCCUUCAGCCACUGGCUGAGCUGCUGCGAUGACACAGAUUGUACACAUACUAUUCUAGCUGCAUGGAGGAAACUGCCGCAGUAGAACUUUCAGCUAACUUGGCUAUGCUUUUGGGAGGACCUUUGGGGUUUCUUAAAUUGUUAUGGAUGGGAGAGAGACAUUCCACCCAAGUCCUUAAAGGAAUCUGGUUGUAACUUACCCAAAUCAUGCAAGUGGUAUAGAACCCAUAUGCACCUCUGAUGCACAUGAUGACCAAUACUCUUCCAUGGUAAAAAGGUAAAGGUAAAGGGACCCUGACCAUUAGGUCCAGUCGCGGACGACUCUGGGGUUGCGGCGCUUAUCUCGCUUUAUUGGCCGAGGGAGCCGGUUUACAGCUUCCGGGUCCUGUGGCCAGCAUGAUUAAGCCGCUUCUGGCGAACCAGAGCAGUGCACAGAAAUGCCGUUUACCUUCCCGCCAGAGUGGUACCUAUUUAUAUACUUGCACUUUGACGUGCUUUUGAACUGCUAGGUUGGCAGGAGUAGGGACCGAGCAAUGGAAGCGCUCCCCGUCACAGGGAUUUGAACCACCGACCUUCUGAUUAGAAAGCCCUAGGCUCAGUGGUUUAGACCACAGCGCCACCCGCAUUGCCAUAUUUCAGAAGGUGAACGUUGUUGCGCUUUUCCUGCAAAAUCUCAAAAGUUCUUGAGCUAUUUUUAAUGAAAUUCACCAAAAAAACCCUACACUUUCCGGCCGGAUGCUGUUUGCGAGGUCCAAAUAUCGGCUAUGUCUGGAUGUGUGGCAACCCUACGGUGGAGGCUAUUGCCCAAGGAGGGUUGUUUGGGACUUCAAUCUGAUGUUCAGGACGUCAAGCUGCAAUUAUGUCCCAAAUUUCAAUAUCUUAAGUCUGUUGACUUCGGUGGGUCUGCUUUUGGCUAUCACCGUGUACCUGCUAGAGAUGUGAUGCGAAAGAAAAGAGGCCAACCAUUUUAAGAGCUAGCCAUUUUAAUAAAUUCAGAUUAUUUGGGUGGGGUGGGGGGAUGCUUUCCUUGUCUUAUUUGUGAACGUACACACACUUUGCUCCUGACAGAUGCCCUCUUUCCCCCUCUUUUCUCUGUCUCCUCUCUCUCCCAAAUCCAAAGGUGCAAAAAGUGCUCCGCUGAGUUGCUACAAAAAAGUCAACGUGAGAGGAGAUCGGAUUGGCAACUGCGGCAGGAAUAAAUUUGGGUACAAGAAAUGCAAAGAAGAGUAGGUUCUACCUGGGGGCAGGGGUCCAACCUGAUGAGUCCGAUGCAAAGGGGGCGAUUGAUCAGUGGCAUAGCAUGUGUUGCCAGUGCCCGGGGUGAGACAAGGAUUGCGCUCCCUAACCUUCUUGGGGGGCGUCACAUGGGAGGCAACAGGUAGACUUUGCUGUGCCCCUGUGGCGGUCGCUUGCCAGUCGCUGUGUUCGCCCUCUCAGCUCGGCAAGCUCCUGGCUGGUUCUGCCACAGCUGUGGCAUAUAUGCAUAUAGCUUUCAUUUUAUCAGAGUUUAUUUUCUGAAAGAUUCUUUUUUAGCUGUUCUUGGUUUUAUCUGUUAGCUGCCUGAGUCCCUGUCAGGGAAAAAAGGAGGGGUAAAAACAAAUAUAUACAUGAGAACUUUUUUUAUCCCCUCUCAGAUUUAAUACAGUUAGCAAGAAAAAGGCAUACUCAUACAUUCAAGUUAUACAGCGUAUGAAAUAAGGGGUGGAGGAAGUUACUAGGAAGAUCGUGCAUGGAAAAUAUUGACUCCAAGUGGCCAGUGGUCUUAAAUUAAGGCACGACUCCUCUAGGAAGUUUACUAGAGAAAUCUAACUGUAGCUGCUUAUUGUUUUUUGGAAUUUCAUGUUUUUACUCAGUUUUAGGACCCAGAUUCUUGGCAACAGAUAUAUCCAUCUUAAGGGGACUGGAUUUUUUCCACUUAAACCAUGAAGAUGGAACCAUUCUGAAAAUAAGUCAUUAACCUUUAAAAACACAUCAUCGUCAUCGACCCUUUCCUUAGGAUGACCUUGAAAGUUCAGGGUCCAUUUCUCCUGGUACAGAGCCACUGCUGUCCCUGAAGAGCUGAUAAAAGUUCCUCAUGCAGAAUAUCUAAAUUAGUGGUUCUUAUUAACCUGAGUAGCACUGAACUAAAAACAAAAGAGGAAAGUAAAUGGGUAAAAUUGAUGGUAACUGCAGCCAGAGAGGUUAUAGCGAGUAAUUGGGAAAAUGCAGAAGAGCUAGGGUUGAACCAAUGGAGGAAAAAAUGGAAUAAUAUUAUAAUUUUAGAAUAUCUGUCAGAGCUGGCUCCAGGUCCCAGCUCACAGAGGACCAACGCUAGCCGGCAGUAAUGUACAAAAGUCUUUAUUGAAGUACAGUUUCCAUUUUCAAGCCGCAGCGCCCCAGCUCUACGUCUAGGGGUUAGAUCGGCGAAGCUCCAUCUGAGUCUCCGCCCCGUUUACACCAGUUUAAGAUUCUAGCCUUACUCCACCUCUUACGUCUCUCCUUUCUCCUCUGGGUCCUGCUACCCCCGGGUCCCUUCCUUCCUGGAUUCUUCUGACGCUGACCCCCUGACUCCUCCCCUCUUUUCGGCGGGCUUUGGGACCUGGCUCCCUAUCCGGGCUGCCAACUGCGCCGCCCUCCUGUACAUUUGAACUUUGCGCGCGCGCCCAGCCUUCAACCUUCCUCUCGACCGUUUCCUCGCUCCCCGAUGGAGGCGUGGCCAAUCCUGACUCAUGUCCUCCCACUGGCAGUGCGCCGCCUGAUCCCGAUGCCUGGGACCCCUCCCCCCUACUGCACUCUGGUGUGGACGCUGGUCCUGAUUUCCAACUGCUGCUCUCUGAGUCCCCUCUGGCCCCUUCUUCCUGGGGUGUCCCCAUCGGCACACCCCUUGCUCUGACCAAGGGAGCCCCUUUCUGUGAAUCUUCCGAUUCGCUGGAAAGACUCAGAGACCUCGGACCGCUGUCAUCGCUAACAUUUCCUUCGGACUCCUCCCCCUCGCUCUCUAUUUCCUCCCUUUCCUGUGCCUCUGCUCCUGAACCCCUGACAAUAUCUAACUGUGAAGAUACAUAAAAUGAAAGGGUUUAAGGUCAGUGAGAAAGAGGAGGAUUGGUUCGAGAAGAUAUUGAAUUAUUUGGGUAGAUUUGAACAAUUAGGGGCAAUUAAAAUGUUAAAAGUUAAAUAAACCUUGUGGAGGGAGGAGUGUUAAUGUAUAUAGAAUUGUACAUAUGGUUGAUUUGAAUAUGUUAUUAUUGAUUAUGUAUACCCAAUGUAUCAGCCGCCUGGGGGGGUUCACUGUUUGUGUUUUGCCCUUAGUGAGAUUAACAAGCCAGGUUGAAUUUGGCGACAAGGCAUCCCGGGACGGUCACUCUGAGUGGAGAAGGAGCUGUAUGUACUCUCUCGUUCCCUUCUCACUUUUCAUUGCAGAGAUGUCCUUUGCGGAAGGAUCCAGUGCAUCAACAUCAACAAAAUCCCAAGAUUUGCAGCCGAACAAUCUGUAGUUCAGACUCCCACGGACAAUCUCUUGUGUUGGGGCAUAGUUUCCCACAAAGGGGAUGACAUGCAUGACGCUGGAGCGAUAGCAGACGGAUCAGUGUGUGGGGACAACAAGGUGACGUCGGUUACCUCUGAGCAGGGCUGAAGGGGCAAGUCCUGGAGGGUUUAGGGCAUGGGUAGGCAAACUAAGGCCCAGGGGCUGGAUCUGGCCCAAUUGCCUUCUAAAUCUGGCCUGCGGACAGUCCGGGAAUCAGCGUGUUUUUACAUGAGUAGAAUGUGUCCUUUUAUUUAAAAUGCAUGUCUGGGUUAUUUGUGGGGCCUGCCUGGUGUUUUUAUAUGAGUAGAAUGUGUGCUUUUAUUUAAAAUGCAUCUCUGGGUUAUUUGUGGGGUAUAGGAAUUUGUUCAUAUUUUUUUUCCAAAAUAUAGUCCGGCCCCCCACAAGGUCUGAGGGCCCGUGCUCCGACGUAAAUCAGCGACCCGGACUUCAGAAGCCAGGGCACGCUAUUAGCCGAGUGUACUGCGCACACAGAAUUGGCAUGAGGCUUGUGAAGUCAUACUUUAACUACAGAUUUAUUAAACAUAAAUCAGAACAAAGAAACAUGUCGUCUCUCCCUCAUGUCGUCUCAGAGAGAACAGCAAAAGCAAAAGCUAUACACAAGCGGAAGUUCCCAGCAUACUAUGCUGGAAUGUAAACAGACACACAACAAUCUCAUGCCUGUUCCUUAAGGUGGAAUGGAAAUGUCAACACAACCAUCUGCCACAGGAUGCAUCUGCUCAGCAGUUUUCUGGAUGUCUGCAAAAGUAGAAGAAAUCGGGCUUUCCUGCUGCCCAUUAACACAUUGAUAUAUCCUUUUUCCUAGAUAUGCAUAAAAAGAGAAUGCGUUGACCUGAAAGUUCUGAAUUAUGAUUGCAAUUUCACAAGAUGUAACAACCAGGGGGUAAGUAUCAUAGGAGCACAGAAUCGUAGAGUUGGAAGGGACCCCAAUGCAGGAAUCUCAGCUAAAGCAUCCAUGACAGAUGGCCAUCUUGUUGUUGUUUAGUCGUUUAGUCGUGUUCGACUCUUCGUGACCCCAUGGACCAGAGCACCAGAUGGCCAUCUAGCCUCCGCUUAAAAACCUCCAAGGAAGGAGAGUCCACAACCUUCGGAGGGAGUCCGUUCCAAAUAAGCUGACUUUCCAGAGUUGGAUGAUGGCAUUUGUGAGUUGCCUUCCAAACCGGCGAUUCUUUACCCAAGGCAAUGGGUGGCAUUCAAAGAGAAGCAUGACCCAAACAAAAAAAAAUCCCUGAACAGUUUGGGGGCAGGGGACAUAUAGAAUCAAAGAAUUGGAAGGGACCCCCCAGGGUUAUCUACUCUGCCCCCGGCAAGGCAGGAAUCUCAAGGGGAUUCCCUCUUACAACGCACAUGAAACAGAAGUUACAUGUAGAAAUAUCUAGUUCUUUUUUGCUGCCGAAAUGCAAAGAUACAAAGAAGGCUAUAACGUCUUGAGAAGCGGCAGGCUAAAAGUUGAAGGCUCAUGCUUACAGGAAAUAAAGCGCCCAUACCAUAUGUUUGGUAUCAUAGCAGAUGAUUGCAUUAUAUAUAAGUAAAAUCGCAGUAGCAGUGUUGUGUUUUGACCUUCCUCCUCCUCCAACAAGCAUUUUACGCAGCGGUCUUUCCCAGCCUGCUUCUGUGGAAUUGCUUUUCGAUGUUUUCAUCGUUUCCUUGUUUUUGUGCGCUUGGUGCCAUGGGCCUCUUUGGGAGGAAGGAUGUGGCAUAAAAGUAAUAACAAAGUGUUUUUUUAAAACAACAGGGGAAAAUAGGCAUAUGUGAAUACGUUAUACAAUUUUUAAAUGUAACGUAUUGCGUUGGGAUACAGAAUUUCACAAACAGCAGUGAAGUGGAUUAUAGAAUCAUAGAAUUGUGGAACUGGAAGGCACCCAGAGGGUAAUCUUGUCCAACCCCCUGCAAUGCAGGAAUGAUGCUCACAGCUGUCCCUGGGUGGGCUCAAACCACCAACCUAAUAAUAAUAAUAAUAAUAAUAAUUUACUUAUACUCCGCCCAACUGGCUGGGUUUCCCCAGCCCCUCUGGGCAGCUUCCAACAGAAUAUUAAAAUACAAUAAAUCAUCAAACAUUAAAAGCUUCCCUAAUCAGGGCUGCCUUCAGAUGUCUUCUAAAAGUCAGACAGCUGUUUAUUUCCUUGACAUCUGAUGGGAUGGUGUUCCACAGGGUGGACACCACCACUGACAAGGCCCUCUGCCUGGCUGUAACCUCACUUCUCGCAGUGAGGGAACUGCCAGAAGGCCCUCAGAGCUGGACCUCAGUGUCCAGGCAGAACGAUGGGGGUGGAGAUGCUCCUUCAGGUAUACUGGACCGAUGCCGUUUAGGGCUUUCAAGGUCAGCCCCAAGACUUAGAAUUGUACUCGGAAACAUACUGGGAGCCAGUGUAGGUCUUUCAAGGCCAGUGUUUGUGGUCUCGGCGGCCGCUCCCAGUCACCAGUCUGGCUGCCGCAUUCUGGAUUAAUGGCUGUUUCCGAAUCACCUUCAAAGGUAGCCCCACAGAGAGCGCAUGGCAGUAGUCCAAGCGGGAGAUAACCAGAGCAUGCACCACUCUGGCAAGACAGUCCGCGGGCAGGGAGGGUCUCAUCCUGCCUACCAGAUGGAGCUGAUAAACAGCUGCCCUGGACACAGAACUGACCUGCACCUCCAUGGACAGCUGUGAGUCCAGAAUGACUCCCAGGCUGCGCACCUGGUCCUUCAGGGGCACAGUUACCCCAUUCAGGACCAGGGAGUCCUCGGUCAACAGCCAGACACUCUGUCCCAUUGUACCACCUGAGAUAGGAUGCUGUGGAAGGUCUGUAGCCAAGUGGCAGAGCAGCUGCUUUGCAAGCAGAAGGUCCUGGGUUCCAAUUCUCCAACGGCAAACCCAGGUAGAGCUGGGGAAGAGGCCCCCUGCCUGAAACCCCAGUGAUCCCCAUCGCUGUGGUAAUACUGAGCUACCCAGCAGUCUGACUCGGGAGAAGGCAGCCUCCUGCGUCGGAGCUGUAGAACAUGGAAAAGAUCUUGGAAAUAAAUCCUUUGUUUGCUGCUCAAAUGCCUGAUGUAUUUCAGUUCUGCAACAGCAACAAGAACUGCCACUGCAGUUACGGAUGGGCCCCUCCCUAUUGUGCUGGCAAGGGAUUUGGAGGAAGCUUGGACAGUGGUCCCGCUCCGGAACUAUCGAGUGAGUAUCUUCUUCCUGUGGUCAUCCCCAGGGACUGGCUGCAGCUCUUACGGCAGAGAAGUUCGCACCUGUGCUGUUUGCCUGAACAGUCCAAAUAAAUCUCUGGACCGCUGACACAUCUCGCAUCAGAUCCAUCCUAGAUUCCUAAAGGAGUGGUUCCCAAACUUUCUCCAGAAGUUCUCCCUUUCUGCAAACAUUGCUGGAUCCAUUGGUAUCUCUUUAGCAAGCUGCAGUUCUCAGAAUCAAAGGAAACAGAUUCCUCUGAUAUAUAUUUUUUGUCUAAAAUGCCGAUUUGCCUGUGCACUGGAACAACACCCCCUUUUUUGCAUUCAAUUAUAUAAAUUACAUUACAGUUGGUGUCCUGCUGGAUGCAACAUGUUCCAUCCAUAUUGGGGCUUUUGAAAUUCGUUGUCUCCAUGAGACGCUCGCAGGUGAUACAGUGGGCUCCUCUGCACUUUCGCUUGCCCCCAAGACCCCCCCCAGCUUAUUUUAUUUGUUAGGCACAAGUGAAUUCAGCUUACCGCUGAAUCAGAGCAAACGUCAAUUGGGUUUUCUCCGGAAUGGCAUUUGCUGCAACUUAAGUGCUAAAGAGGGCACAGGUGGCGCUGUGGUCCAAACCACUUAGCCUAGGACUUGCCGAUCAGAAGGUCGGCGGUUCGAAUCCCCAUGACAGGAUGAGCCGCCGUUGCUCGGUCCCUGCUCCUGCCAACCUAGCAGUUCCAAAGCACGUCAAAGUGCAAGUAGAUAAAUAGGGACCGCUCUGGCGGGAAGGUAAACGGCGUUUCCUUGCGCUGCUCUGGUUCGCCAGAAGCGGCUUUGUCAUGCUGGCCACAUAACCCAGAAAAACUGUCUGCGGACAAAAGUCGGCUCCCUCGGCCAGUAAAGCGAGAUGAGCGCCACAACCCCAGAGUCGUCCACAACUGGACCUAACUGUCAGGGGUCCCUUUACCUUUACAAGUGCUAAAGAGUGGGUUUUCCUGGAAGAAAGUGGAAGGGAAGAGGGAUGAGCCCAGAGUUUGGAAGUACAAGAAUGAGAUCCAGGAUUGCUGAUGGCUUAAGUGUGUGUGUGUGUGUGUGUGUGUGUGUGUGUGUGUGUCCUUUAGCACUGAAGUGCAGAAAACUAAUUCCCUCUCUUCCUCUUCCUCUCAGACACUAGGAGGGUUGUAAUGCUGAGCUCCAUGGUUGGGAUUGGUGUGCUUUUGCUGGCGACUGUUAUAAUGUUCAGGAACUCUAUACAGACCUGGUAAGAAAAGUCUCCUCCAUUCUUCCUCCAUGGGAUAAAAACAUGUCUGCGCCGCCAGUGUUAGAAACUCAGAUAUAUAAGAUAGUCGCCAAAUGGCGCCUUAAACCUGGGUAAUGGUUGCCACAACAAACGUCUAGGUGCCUUUUUUCCAGUGGGUUUUUGUUGUUAUUAUUGGUAUUAUUUUCAUUUCUGUACUGCCUUAUAUUUCAAAGAAGAAGAAAAAAGCAUAAAGCAUCCAAUAAAACAAUCCAGAAAAAAAGCAAAUUCCAUCUUCAAGGAAAAUAUUUCAGAUCCUUCUCUAAGUGACACUUUGCUUUUCCCACAUUUACUUGCCUACUUAAUUUAUAGUGCUGCCCCACAGCAGAAGUCCUCUAGGAAGCCAGUGUGGAGUAGUGGUUAGAGUGUGGGGCUAGGAUGUGGGAGAUCAGGGUUCGAAUCCCCACUCCAUCAUGAAGCUCACUGGAGACCUUGGAGUCAGUCACCAGUCUCUUAAAGAGCUCACAAGGUUGUUGCAGGGAUUAACUGAUUAACAGUCAGAAUGGCCAUUCAACUCUUCUUGUUUCGCCACAACAGGUUUGGAAGACUAAUCAGUGAUAGAAUAUCUCCGAAACCUAUCGAUUCUGCUUCGGAAAGUACUGUAAGUUCCUAGAAGGUUCGAGAGCAGAAGGUCUUCUCGCUGGGCUUUCCAUUUUCUUUUCUUUUCUUUUUUAAAAAAAAAAUAUAAUGGAAGAGCAUCUAAGCACUAGAGCAUGGGUAGGCAAACUAAGACCCGGGAGCCGGAUCUGGCCCAAUUGCCUUUUAAAUGCGGCCCGCAGAGGGUCCAGGAAUCAGUGUGUUUUUACAUGAAUAGAAUGUGUCCUUUUAUUGAAAAUGCAUCUCUGGGUUAUUUGUGGGGCAUAGGAAUUGGUUCAUUCCCCCCAAAAAAAAGUAUAGUCUGGCCCCCCACAAGGUCUGAGGGACAGUGGACCAGCCCCCUGCUGAAAAGGUUUGCUGACCCCUGCACUAUUACUAUUACUAUUAUUUAUUUGUACCCCGCCCAUCUGGCUGGGUUUCCCCAGCCAUUCUGGGAGGCUUCCAACAAAGAUUAAGAAUACAUUAAAAUGUCACACAUUAAAACCUUCCCUAAACAGGGCUGCCUUCAGAGGUCUUCUAAAUGUCAGGUAGUUGUUUAUUUCUUGGACAUCUGGUGGAAGGGCGUUUCACAGGGAGGGAGCCACUACCAAGAAGGCCCUCUCCCUGUAGCUUUGCUCCUCGCAGGGAGGGAACCGCCAGAAGGCCCUCGGAGCUGGACCUCACUAGAGCAAUACUCUCCUCUCCUGUGGUUUCCAGCAAGUGGUGUUCAGAAGCAUAGCUGCCUCCGACUGUGCAGGCAGUGUAGAGCCUCUGUGACUAGGAGCCAUUGGUAGCCCUCACCUCCUCCAUGAAUUUGCCUAAUCCUCUUUUAAAACCACACCAUGACUGCAUGCUGGUUACUGCCAUAGCUGUUAAAUGGGGGUCACAAAUGCCGCCCGGAAAGUGACUAGAUAGGAUGGCACCCUGUCACUUGCCCGGGCAAAUACCUACCCCCUUCCCCCUCCUUGUCAUACAGGGCCCACAUAAGGCAAAAAAUAUCCCCCAAAUGGGUUUAGCCGUCUUUUUUGCUGUAGGGUGUCCAUGUGAACAAUGGGACAUGGUCACAUCCUGUUGCUUCCCAGGGGGCAUUCCCAGCCCCAUUUUCUCUGGGUGCAGCCAGAGCAAGUGACAAUUGCGUUUUUCCAGGUCUCCUGGUAUGUAAAAUGUUAAAAUCUUAAUCUUAUGAUUAUUAUUAAGCUGCACAUUAAAUGCAGAAAUGGGGUGCAGUGAAUUAAGCUAUGGGGAUACGUGGAAAGGGGAUGGAGCGAAGGGCUUGGCCACACUUCCCUUUGCUUUUUCCAGGCACAGUUCACGAUUCAAAGCUCUGUGGCCAGGCACCCUUUCUCCCUAUAAAAACCAGUGCUUUAAAGCUGAAUCGGAGCAAACCUCCAUCUGCGGAAAACCCGAAUUGCUCCGAUUCAGCUUUAAAGAGUGAUGUUCCACGAGGGAAGCACAGGGCCAAAAUGAAAAACGUAUGUGUGAAUAAGCCCUUCCAGUGUUUCUCAAACUUGGAGCCCCAGCUGUUGCAGGACUACAACUCCCAUCAUCCCUGACCACUCGUCCUGCUGACUAGGGGCGAUGGGAGUAGUAGUCCAACAGCAGCCGGGGACCCGAGUUUGAGAGACAUAGCACCCGUCCAUCAUUACCCUGGAGGUCAGGUUCCCUGCCCCCCCCUUCCCAGAUGACUACAUUCAGGCGCAUCUGAGCAAACAAAGGCUUAAGAACAUAAGAAGCGCCUGCUGGAUCAGGGCCAAGGGCCCAACUGGUCCAGCUUCCUGUUCUCACGGCUUGCAUCACUUUGCAGGGUCGAAUCACUGCAGGUCUGGCAUGUGGUUUUCAGUCCCUUCUACAGGUCUGCUGGGGGGGGGCGGGGCGGUCUGUACCCCAUAAAUCUAGUUAAAACUACAUCGGAGCUGAAGGAUUACCUAGCCUAUACUAGGGGCGAAAUGGGGAGUUGUGGGGUGUGACAUCACACACGGGGUGUGGGGGGAACGCGGUUUGAUUUUCAUGCCCGCUUUCCUCAUUCCAGGAGCAGCUCAGUGAUGAAGAGGAACAGAGCGACUGACACACCAUCCCUCUGUAAUCUUGCAGAGGACGCUGCCCAGGUCAGUUCCCAGGAAGGAACCAAGGCGGGAAGGGGGGGAGGGGGCCACGGGGACUUCUGCGUAUCCCGCAAAUCGUGGCUUGCAUCGAAAGGUCAGGCAAAUUUCAGGGCCUCGUAAGGGAAAGGGAAAGGACCCCUGGAUGGUUAAGUCCAGUCAAAGGCGACUACAGUGGUACCUCGGGUUAAAAACUUAAUUCGUUCUGGAGGUCCAUUCUUAACUUGAAACUGUUCUUAACCUCAGGUACCACUUUAGCUAAUGGGGCCUCUCACGGCCGCCACCGUGCAAUUUCUGUUCUUAUCCUGAAGCAAAGUUCUUAACCCGAGGUACUACUUCCGUCUGUAACCUGAAGCGUAUAUCACCUGAAGCGUCUGUAAGCCGAAGUACCAUUGUAUGGGGUUGCGGCACUCAUCUCGCUUUCAGGCCAAGGGAGCCGGGUCAUGUGGCCAGCAUGACUAAGCUGCUUCUGGCACAAUGGGAAACUGUGACAGAAACCAUGCAUGGAAUCAAUGUUUACCUUCCCGCUGGAGUGGUACCUAUUUAUCUACUCGCACUGGCGUGCUUUCGAACUACUAGGUUGGCAGGAGCAGGGGCAGAGCAAAGGGAGCUCACCCCGUCGCGGGGAUUUGAACCGCCGACCUUCCGAUCAGCAAGCCCAAGAGGCUCAAUGGUUUAGACCACAGCACCACCCAGGGCCUCGUAUACAUCUCUCCCCAUCCCUGUCCAUAACCCCUUCACUUGCCAGUCCCUUGCAGGCCCCAUGAGAAAGGUUAAAAGGUUCUCUGUCCUGCAAAUUAUCCAGGGUGCUUCUCUUCAAGGAGAGACACGCUGCGGUAGUUUUGCAAGCUCCUCCUGAGUUCUCCAGAACUCUCGAUUGGGCAAGAUGUUGCACAAAGCCAGGGGUGCAGGGGGGGUGUCUGUGCGUGUAAAAAAACCUGGAUGAUGUAGCCAGGUGGGCUUGUAGACUCAGCUCCAAAGUGGAGACUGCAAGCUAAGCCCCUCUCAGGCACUGAGAUUAUCAGGUUGCACGCCUGGGAUUCUGGGAUAAAAGAACCCUCCACCUUCAAGUGUCUGGCUUGUAACCCAGAACUGUCUCAAACUGUAAAGGAAACUCAGAGCUUCCCAUGGCAGGCAAAGAGCAGAUUUAAAGAGAAACACGGCAGUCUUUAACUCAGCAAAACCAGGGGUUGAUUUUGUAGGCAGAACUAGGCAAAGAGAGUCAAUGUAAGCCAAACUGUAAAGUAUUAUCUAUUGUUGGAAGGGAUGCAACACUUAAAAAAACAAAUUGCAAAGUCCAUCUUUCUGUGGUUGUCAACAAAGAACCGGCCGGCAGAGAAUUUGCUGGCAUCUGUCCAUCUUGGGAGACAGUGGAGAAGUGCUCCUUUGGGGGUGAAGGCAAACUGUUGGACACCUGCAGCACCUGCUGUGGCUGUAGAGAGAGAUGUUUUGUUGCAGCUGGGGCAGAGGAAGGAGUCCGGUUGUGCUGUUGCAGAUGCACCCGGGCGUUUCUCCUCUCGGCUCUCCUCCCAGAGGUCAUUCCUCCUCUGGUCACUGCUAGAGAUGCACAACCUGACUGGCUGUCUCCAGGCACUGCGGUCGUUCGCAAGGGAUUCCCACACGGCGGGGACAGUGUUGCCACCCUUCGUGUAACGUCUGCAGACAUCUUUGCAAACAAAGAUGCGCUCCCAAAAGCCCACAUUCCCAGCACUUCUGUUUCUGUGACUGCUACACUGGCUUGCUCACGUCCACAAAAUGGAAGACAGCAGGAUACCCAAGGAUGUGCUAUGCACCUGGCUUCGGGUACCAGGCCCAUGGGCAGGCUAAGUAUGUCUGCAAAUGAGACAUGAAUAUUGCCAACAAGGGUUAGGUAAAGGUAAAGGGACCCCUGACCAUUAGGUCCAGUCGUGGCCACCUCUGGGGAUGCGGCGCUCAUCUCGCUUUAUUGGCCGAGGGAGCCGGCGUACAACUUCAGGGUCAUGUGGCCAGCAUGACUAAGCUGCUUCUGGCGAACCAGAGCAGCGCACGGAAAUGCUGUUUACCUACCCGCCGGAGUGGUACCUAUUUAUCUACUUGCACUUUGACGUGCUUUCGAACUGCUAGGUUGGCAGGAGCAGGGACCGAGCAACUGGAGCUCACCCCAUGGCGGGGAUUCGAACCGCCGACCUUCUGAUCGGCAAGCCCUAGGCUCUGUGGUUUAACCCACUGCGCCACCCGCGUCCCCAACAAGAGUUAGAUAUGCCUUGUUGUUGUUGUUGUUGUUGUUGUUGUAAAGAACUCGGAACUCCCCUAUGACAGAAAGCCACCUAGUCCAGGAUAACCCCUCCUUUCUCAUCUUUUAGGGGUCAAUGGAGAGCCAACAAUCAACCGAGGGCAUGUUGCUCUGCUGCGGACUUGAGUCUGGCUAACUCGUGCAGCAGAAGACAUUUCUCAUACCUGAAGAUGGCGGGGGAGCUUGUGGUGGAGAAAGCAGGGCACUCCCUCUGCCUGCUGCUUCCCGACUGCUUACCCAGCAUCCUCUUCCGCUACUGAAUCUCUUGUUUCUUUGCCCAAUCUCAUCAUUUGCCUUUGAACAAAGUGUUCCGUCUUCCAAUGCUGUAUAUAUUUGUCACUGGUCUGCUCCAGGCACAAAUCGACACUUCAGUUCUGAGAAAUAAAUCACACAUCAACCUCA